AUGACAUCAGCCUUUGAGAGAGCGGUCAAGAGUGUGCUCAAGGAGGUGGACCAUGGCAGAGGAGAUCUCAUCCCAGUGGACUGUGUUCGGGAUUCAAUCCGCUUCAAGCCUUACAGCCUCCUGAGCAGGAAACUAUCAAGCUCAUGGUUCUGGAAACCCCGAUAUACAUGUGUCAACCUGUCAAUCAAGGACAUCCUGGAACCCAGUGCUCCAGAACCAGAACCGGAGUAUCAUCGUGGCCCUGUGAAAUUCUCUGAUGAUGUCGAUGGGAAAAUUCAGGGCAGUGUGGCUGUGGCGUCACCCAUGACAGAAGGGAGAAUUUCUGGUGGGGCUGCAGUGUCUGAUAGUGCCAGUGCCUCCGUGAGUAUGUGUAUACUGUUUGUGAACUCGAAGACCUGGGAUAUCAUGAAGAGUGAAAGGCGCCUGAAGCAGCCUGAGACUACAAUCCUGCAACAGCUUCGGAGUCGUGGGGAUGAUGUGUUUGUCAUCACUGAGGUCCUACAGACAAAGAAGGAGGUGAAGAUCACUCAGACCCACAGCAGGGAGGGCUCAGGCAAGCUUACAGUGCCUGGAGCUUCAUGCUUGCAGGGUGAAGGCAAGGGCCACCAAAGCCAGAAGAAGAUGGUGACCAUUCCUCCAGGCAGCAUCCUUGCAUUCCAAGUGGCCAAACUGCUCAUUGGCUCUUCAUGGGGUAUCCUUCUCGUCCCGGAUGAGAAACAGAGGACCUUUGAGCCCUACUCAGUCAACAAAAGUGUAGUGGACCAGAAGCGCCAUAGAUUUGACCUGUUCGCUGCACUACAUCGCCGCUACCCGUUUGCGAGGAUCACAGGCAGGACAGUCCCUGCAGAUGGAAACCCUGAGGAAGAAGAAUUCAGGGAAGACUUUCAAGGCCUGUCUGCAGAGGUGAAGGCUGGCUGCUUAGAACUUGGGAAAUUAAAAAUGGAGUUGAAACAACAGCUACUAGUGGACAUCAGGAGGAUUCUACAGGACCAGACCAGCCUGGAAGCUUUAGAGGCCUCACUAGGGCAGGGCCUGUGCAGUGGACAGAAGGUGGAGCCUCUGGAGGGGUCAGCAGGCUGCAUCCUUAAGUGUCUGGUGCUAGAUUCUGGAGAGCUGGUGAUGAAACUCGCAGCCCCUAUCUUCUACCUGCUGGGAGCACUGAAUGUGCUGAGUGAAACUCAGAGGCAGCUGCUGGCUAAGGCUCUGGAGACAACAGCACUGUCAAAACAGCGGGAGUUGGUGGAGCAUGUGUUGGAACAGAGCACCCCAUGGAAGGAGCAGAGAUCUGUGUCCCUGCCCUCUGGGCUCCUUGAGGACAGCUGGGUUGAGGAGGCUCCCACCUGGAUCUUGUUAGAAGAAUGUGGCCUAAGGCUGCAGGUGGAACCCCCCCAGGUGCACUGGGAACCGACUUCUCAGGGCCCCACGUGUGCUCUCUAUGCCUCCCUGGCCCUAUUGUCUAGUCUAGGCCAAAAACCUCAUUAG